UUGGCAGCUUUGACCUCUGAUGAACUGGUUGUUUACAAAUUACAGUCAACUUAAUUGUUCAACCAUAAUUAAGACAAGAUAAUAUUAAAAAAUAAGCGUUGCAGCUAUGAAUUUUUUGGACUUGAUUCAUUUAGAUUUUCUAGAUCUAGACGAUUAUCCAAAUGUUCAGUUACAAUUAGGCAUUUUUACGUUUGUCAUAUUUACAGUUCUAAUCUAUAAGUAUUUCAAGCAUCCAUUCAAAUUAUGGCAACGACUAGGUAUUCAUGGUCCUGAACCUAAACUGAUAUUUGGUAAUGUCCAUGAGAUAUAUAGCCCAAAGGGAGCCAGAGCUGCUUAUUCUAAAUGGCAGUCUCAAUAUGGUCGCAGAUACGGCAUAUACUUUUUUCGAAUGCCUGCUCUAGUCAUUACAGAUCCAGAGUGGAUAAAACACAUCUUUGUGAAAGAUUUUAAUAACUUUAGAGAUCGAAUGUCCUUCGAUGAUAAUGUCCUGAUAAAUAAAGAAGUCUUAUAUGGUCUUUUUUUUGCUACAGGGGAUGUUUGGAAACGAAUACGAGGCAUCAUGACUCCAUCAUUUAGCGUCAGCAAGAUAAAGUCAAUGGUUGCUAUUGUGAACAGAAGCGCUGCAAGGCUGGGUGAGCAUGUCUUGAAGUUGGCUGAAGAAGGAACACCCUGGGAAGCCAAACUGUACUGUGGUGCCUUCGCAUUAGACGUAGUGACUGGGACAGGCUUCAGUAUUGAUGUGGACUCUGUCAAGAAUUUAAAUGAACCUUUUACCAGACAUGGGCGAAGCUUAUUUAUUUACAAAUGGGGUGUACAAUUGUUAGCUAUAUUGGUCCAUUCUUUUCCUAUCCUUAUGUGUCACUUUUAUAGAUUAUUUGGUAUUGCUUUCUUCAAAAGUGAUGAUAUGAAAUUUUUCGACCGAAACAUCAAACAAAUGAUUGACCAAAGGAAAGAAGAUAAAGAAAAGAGAAAUGACAUUCUUCAAAAUCUAAUGGAAGCAGAAAGUGAUGUAGUUCUUCAGGGAGGGUCUGGCAAAUUGACGUCAGAGGAGCUUGUGGCACAGGGCAUAAUGCUUUUUAUUGCUGGCUAUGAGACUGCAUCAAGCACCUUACAGUUUUUACUGUAUGAAUUAGCAACUCACAAAGAAGUCAUGGAGAAAAUUAUUGCAGAAAUUGAUGAUGUCAUUGGUGAUCAGGAACCAACUUAUGACUUGUGUCAAAACUUAAAUUACAUAGAAGCGACCAUAAAUGAAACUUUGAGGAUGUACCCGCCGUUGUCUGUCAUACACAGAGAAUGCAGUAAACCAACCAGAUUGUUUGAUUUAGACUUACCCGCUAAAACGGCUAUAAUUGUUCCAGUGUAUAAUCUGCAACGUGACCCAGAUUAUUGGAAGAACCCUGAUGAAUUUAACCCUGAUCGCUUCUUAGCAGGAUCCACAUCAUUCGAAGCCUAUAACCCUUUUACCUUCAUGCCCUUUGGCCAUGGACCCAGACUUUGUAUUGGCAUGAAAUUGGGCAUGAUGAAAAUGAAGCUGGCAGUAGUUCACAUUUUUAAAAGAAUCAUCAUUACAAAAGCAACCCCAGAGAUCUUGCACAUAAAUGACUUCAGUUCUAUAUUGCAACCUUCUGUGCCCAUUACCAUACACUGUGCUCCACGUGAACAUCAAAAACUUGUAAAAUAACAUUUACAAUAUGACUUUAUAUAUAGGCUCAUUCGAAUGAAUCUGGCUUUUGUAUGUAUUUUUAGAUACAUUCUUAAGAAAUAACUUUCAGUUACUUUUCAAACAUAACGGGUAAAAGUUAGUUUUUUAAUGGCAACUGAUUCAAAUUAAAUAAUAUUUGGUUAAAAAUAUCUUGACGCUUUUUAAAAACUGUACUUAGCAUUUAUUGAGGGCAUUAUCUUCCCAUCGCUUCCUCUGUCUGCCUGAAGAAAGGUAGUUACAAGCCCUGCUAUGAACUCAGCCCCCAACAAGGUGGUGGCUCAUAAAUGUGUGUCCAAAUCAUAUGCAUACAAAGAAAGAGUAAUGUCUACCUCUUGCCAUUGUAUAGCCUUUAAUGACAACCACAUUCAAUGGUGCUUACUUAGACUUAUAUUUUCCAGCGACAUUGGGCACAUUGGGCAGCAAGCUGUCUCCACAAAGAUCUGUCGCUGGCAAUGUCUGAAGCCUCUUCCCAUCUGGUGUCAACUGCUCUAAGGUCCUCCAUGAAAGUGUGGCGCCAAGUUAUACGAGGAUGUCCCUGUUUGUGCUUUCCUUACAUUGGCCUCCAUGUCAUGGCACCUCUUGGUAUGUGAAAUUCAUUUUGUUGGAGAACAUGUCCUGCAAGCCUCAUAUGACACACCUCAGUGAUGCUGAGUAUCUCUUUAUGUAAAGGAGAUUGCAAUGUUAUGUUUAGCAGAAUAUAUACAUGCUUAGUUGACAAUGUUGUUAUUUUUUAUAUCUGACCAUUAUGAUACUUAGAAAUUUAAAAGAAAUGUAGGCAAUAGAAAUUUAAAAGAAAUGUAGGCAAUGAAAAUUUUAAAAGAAAUGUAGGCAAUGGAAAUUUUAAAAGAAAUGUAGGCAAUGGAAAUUUAAAAAGACAUGUAGGCAAUGGAAAUUUAAAUGAAAUGUAGGCAAUGGAAAUUUAAAUGAAAUGUUGGCAAUGGAAAUUUAAAUGAAAUGUAGGCAACAGAAAUUUAAAAGACAUGUAGGCAAUGGAAAUUUAAAUGAAAUGUUGGCAACAGAAAUUUAAAAGAAAUGUAGGCAACAGAAAUUUAAAAGAAAUGUUGGCAAUGGAAAUUUAAAUGAAAUAUAGGCAACAGAAAUUUAAAAGAAAUGUUGGCAACAGAAAUUUAAAAGAAAUGUUGGCAACAGAAAUUUAAAAGAAAUGUAGGCAAUGGAAAUUUAAAACAAAUGUUGGCAACGGAAAUUUAAAAGAAAUGUAGGCAAUGGAAAUUUAAAAGAAAUGUUGGCAAUGGAAAUUGAAAAGAAAUGUAGGCAAUGGAAAUUGAAAAGAAAUAUAGGCAAUGGAAAUUUAAAAGAAAUGUAGGCAAUGGAAAUUUAAAAGAAAUGUUGGCAAUGGAAAUUUAAAAGAAAUGUAGGCAAUGGAAAUUUAAAAGAAAUGUUGUUGGCAAUGGAAAUUUAAAAGAAAUGUUGGCAACGGAAAUGUAAAAGAAAUGUAGGCAAUGGAAAUUUAAAAGAAAUGUUGGCAAUGGAAAUUUAAAAGAAAUGUUGGCAACGGAAAUUUAAAAGAUGGAAAUUUAAAAGAAAUGUUGGCAAUGGAAAUUGAAAAGAAAUGUAGGCAAUUGAAAUUUAAAAAGAAAUGUAGGCAAUGGAAAUUUAAAAGAAAUGUUGGUAACGGAAAUUUAAAAGAAAUGUAGGCAAUGGAAAUUUAAAAGAAAUGUUGGCAAUGGAAAUUGAAAAGAAAAGUAAGCAAUGGAAAUUUAAAAGAAAUGUUGGCAAUGAAAAUUGAAAAGAAAUAUAGGCAAUGGAAAUUUAAAAGAAAAGUAGGCAAUGGAAAUUUAAAAGAAAUGUUGGCAAUGUAAAUUGAAAAGAAAAGUAGGCAAUGGAAAUUUAAAAGAAAUGUUGGUAACGGAAAUUUAAAAGAAAAGUAGGCAAUGGAAAUUUAAAAGAAAUGUUCGCAAUGGCACAAACUUUAUUUAUAUAUAGUAUUGUUUUUUUACUGCUAAUAAUGUUAUGAUGAAAAAUGUUAAGAAUAUAUGUUUCCUUUUUUAAUUUAAAAGAAAUGUUGGUAACGGAAAUUUAAAAGAAAUGUAGGCAAUGGAAAUUUAAAAGAAAAGUAGGCAAUGGAAAUUUAAAAGAAAUGUUGGCAAUGUAAAUUGAAAAGAAAAGUAGGCAAUGGAAAUUUAAAAGAAAUGUUGGCAAUGGAAAUUUAAAAGAAAUGUUGGCAAUGGAAAUUGAAAAGAAAUGUAGGCAAUGGAAAUGUGUACGGGUACUGUUGAGCUCAAGCUGGAUAUGAUGAUAUAAUUGUUGUAAUCCCACAUACCCUGGGAACUCCGUAUCUAAACAAUGAUUUUUUUUAAAUUUCAUACAUAUAGGAGAAGACCAAAGGGAUAUGUUUUAAUAUCAAGGCUUUAAAUAUUGUUUUUUUUUUAGGAAUAAGCACAAACUUUAUUCAUAUAUAGUAUUGUUUCUUUUACUGCUAAUAAUGUUAUGAUGAAAAAUGUUAAGAAUAUAUGUUUCCUUUUUUAUAAAUAUAUUUCAGCGAUCUAAUGUAGUUGCAGAGUAUAUGCUCACAAGAGAACUCUAGAUCUCAUAACUAAUAUUGUUUUAUUUAAAAUUGAGCCAGUUUAUUACAAUUGAAACAUUUAAUUCUUCAGUUAACUGUUUAAAUGUGUUUUUUUUUUUACAAAGCUUAUAUCUACACUGUCUGUCUGGUACAAAGUUGGAACAUGUUUUUUUCUCCCAUUUCACAUUCUCGGAUCAAGUUGAAACUUUACACAAUUAUUUAUUAAACCUGACAAGACAUGAAUCAAUCAAACAAAUAACCAAUUAGUUAAUUAAUUGUUAGUGAUUGCCUAUUUUGUUUGAUAUGAAAACAAGUGGAAUAAAUGCUACUUAAUGAGAGAUGUAGAUGUAUGUAUGGAUUUAAUCCUUUUCCACUCUCGGAUCAAGUUGAAAUUUUGCAUAAUUAUUCAUAGUCUAUGAUAAUACACGAAUCUGCGCCACUGAGUACAGCAAUAUACUAUGAUAUAAAACAUUUUGAACUAAUCAAUCAUUUCAAGAAAGAUAAAUGGUUGCUUAAAAGAAUAAGUAUUUUCACUGAAUCAGUUUAUCAUGUGAGUUAUGGCCCAAACAGGAUUAGCCAGAGCUCAGAAAAUCCAUUUGUCUUUCUUACAUGUAGAGAGAGUUACCUUUCCCUCCCUCUGUCUUUCUUACAUGUAGAGAGUUACUUCCCCCCCCCCCUGUCAAAACUUUGACCUUAACAAUCUUUCUGUUUACUUUGUUAAUUGUGACAUACCUGUCUCAUGUUAUCAAUAAGUUACUCAAACACGUGCAUCUAGUCAGUACCGGUAGCAUAUUUUUCCCUUGUUGUAGAUGAAUGUACACACAUAAAGAAGCCAAAGCACACAGCCGAAUAAGUAACUGGAGAUUGUCUGUCGUUAGACUCUCUAGAUUUGUCUGUCGUUAGACUCUCUAGAUUUGUCUGUCGUUAGACUCUCUAGAUUUGUCUGUGUUAGACUCUCUAGAUUUGUCUGUCGUUAGACUCUCUAGAUUUGUCUGUGUUAGACUCUCUAGAUUUGUCUGUGUUAGACUCUCUAGAUUUGUCUGUCGUUAGACUCUCUAGAUUUGUCUGUGUUAGACUCUCUAGAUUUGUCUGUCGUUAGACUCUCUAGAUUUGACUUUUAGGAGACGUAAUACGUUUUUUUUUUAAAUAAAGUAGCACAUUGACCUGUGGGUUACCAUGUAAAACAAUCUUCUUCAAUCUUAGAAGCUGUAUAUUCAGGGGUGGACUGACUGUAUGGGCAAAUACCCUUUGGGUCGGUACCUUAAUGGGGCGGUAGGCUUACCAAAUGGGCCACAUUAAGUGUCAGUAAAGCCCAUUAAAAGAGGUUCUAUCUAAGGCAAAUGACAGAGUGGAAUGGAGAAAGACGGUUGACAAAUCUUGCAUGGUGCCCCAACGGUCCAACAGACUAAGGUAUAGGUAAAAAAAAACGUUAUAGUGAUAGGCCUCGUCUUAACUCUUAUAAAAUAUCUUUACACUAGUCGACCCGCGGCGUAGCAUGCGUCGCUAUUUUGCAGGGCCGGCCGUAGGUCACUGCAGCCUAUGUGUUCGCAGUGGGCCCCGCACUUUCAUAGGCCCCACGCUAAUUCUAGGUGUAAAUUAUUAAAUCAAACCAUUUUAUAACUUAUAACAGAUUUUCCGUUGCCGCCUGAUUUACCAGGAGCUCCUGGAAAUCUCCGGAAAUUGCAAAAUAUACGAAAAAGUCCUGGAAAUCUCCGGAAAUUAUUAAAAUCUUUUGAAAACUCAUACAAAUCUGAAAUAUAGACAAAAUUGUCCUUUUGGGGUGUCAUUCAAUAUGGAAAACGCCAAUCCUACGCGCGAUAAAAAAAAACGAAACGCAUUAUACAAUACCCGUAAUUGUGGAAUGUAGUUCGUGAAAGAAGCUUCUCGCGCCUCAAAACUAAUGAAGAAUUACUUUAAGUCAACAAUUCUCGAAGAUAGAUUGAAACAUUUGGUAAUUCUUGCUACUGAGCGUGAUCUAUGUAGGAAACAGAAUUAGUAUGAUAUGCUGUAUGACUUCGCUUCACGCAAGGCUUGGAAAGUAAUUUGUACGUCAGUGGCGUAUCUAGGGUGGGGGGAAGAGGGGGGAGAAUUUGAAUGUCGCCCCGGGCCCCGACUUAAGGGGGGCCCCCAAAUGAGUGUUUUUUUUACAUUAAAAAUGAAAUAUUACGUUAAAUGUAGGGGCCCCCAAAGAGUUUAAGCUUCCCUCCGGGACCCCAAACUAUGGAAAAUUUCUAUGCUGUAUGUAGUAAAGAAUGAAUAGAAUGCAAAGACGAAUUUAUUUUCUAAUACAAACUCUUAGUUUUCACUUAUUAUCCGUAUCCCUACCCAAACUGAGCCCUUCGCAAUCCCUGUUCUCCCCCACCCUUUUUUUUUUCGACGAAAAAAUUAAGUGAGGUAACUCUAGUCCGACUUGCAGAAAUAAAAGAGUUAUCUUCCAUGACUUUUGUUGGUGUCAGGCAUGGUUGACCAUGAAGAGAAUUAUAGGCCUAUACAUAGAUACUUAACUGUGUAAUACUAGUCACAUAUUCCGAAAUAAUGGAUUCGCUUAUACCAGUAAACCGUACUUCUGUGAGUUUCAAUCCUCUUUACUCAUUAAGAGAUUAAUAAACAACUUAAGACCUAUAUUUUUUUAUAGUUCUAUUGAAGUGGAACAUAUGUGAAUCUAAAUCUUGUCCCUGAACUUAAAAUAAAAAAAAAAACUCAUCAA